UGCCAGCGUCUGAUUUCUGAAAUCUGAAUCUUCCUCCUCUUCCCUUCGCUUUCUCUCUCCCUAACUUCUCAAUUUGCUUUUCUGGAAUUAGGAAAGUCUAAGGCUUGAAGGAGCUCAAUAGCAUUAUCAAUGGCGAAAUCUAGCGCCGAUGACCAAGAGUUACGCCGAGCAUGUGAAGCUGCCAUAGAAGGCACCAAACAGAAGGUCAUUAUGUCCAUUCGCGUCGCCAAAAGCCGCGGUGUUUGGGGUAAAUCCGGCAAAUUAGGUCGUCAGAUGGCCAAACCUAGGGUUCUUGCCAUUUCCAUAAAACAAAAGGGGCAGCGGACAAAAGCUUUCCUACGUGUCUUAAAAUAUUCUAAUGGUGGUAUACUUGAGCCAGCAAAAUUGUACAAGCUAAAACAUCUCUCGAAAGUGGAGGUUAACACCAACGACCCCAGUGGAUGUACUUUCACAUUGGGUUUUGAUAAUCUCAGAAACCAAACAGUUGCUCCUCCACAAUGGACCAUGCGGAAUACCGACGAUAGGAAUCGCCUCUUACUAUGUAUAUUAAAUGUUUGCAAAGAUAUGCUUGGGCGUCUACCGAAAGUUGUUGGAAUAGACGUUGUUGAAAUGGCUCUUUGGGCAAAGGAGAACACUACUGCCACCGCCAUUACCAAUCAGAUGAUUUCUGAAGAUGGGCUUGACUCUGCAACAACGGCUGAGAAGGAUUUGAAGGUUACUGUUGAGAAGGAUCUUGUCUCCCAAGCAGAAGAAGAGGACAUGGAAGCUCUUCUUGGAACUUAUGUCAUGGGUAUUGGUGAAGCAGAGGCUUUUUCUGAAAGGUUGAAGCGUGAACUUCAGGCCUUGGAAGCAGCAAAUGUUCAUGCGAUCUUGGAAACAGAACCCUUGGUGGAUGAGGUGUUAAAAGGGCUUGAUAAUGCCUUGAACUGUGUGGAUGAUAUGGACGAGUGGCUAGGAAUAUUCAAUGUGAAAUUGAGACACAUGAGAGAAGACAUUGAGUCGAUAGAAACUCGUAAUAACAAGCUGGAGAUGCAAUCUGUAAACAACAAAUCUUUGAUUGAGGAACUUGACAAGCUUCUUGAGCGAUUGCGUGUUCCUUCUGAGUAUGCGACAUGUCUGUCAGGAGGCUCCUUCGAUGAAUCAAAUAUGAUAAAAAACAUAGAAGCUUGUGAAUGGCUCAGUGGUGCUCUUCGUAGCUUGGAAGUCCCGAAUUUGGAUAGCAGUUUCGCAAACAUGCGUGCAGUUAGAGAGAAGAAAGCUGAAGUUGAAAAGCUGAAAAGUACUUUUGUUCGAAGAGCUUCUGAGUUCUUGAGGAAUUACUUCGCAAGCCUGGUGGAUUUCAUGAUAAGUGACAAGAGUUACUUUUCACAGCGUGGACAAUUAAAGCGACCAGACCAUGCUGAUCUGCGUUACAAAUGCAGGACAUAUGCUCGACUGUUGCAACAUUUGAAGAGCCUGGAUAAGAACUGCUUGGGUCCAUUGAGGAAAGCGUACUGUAGUUCUCUCAAUCUACUUCUACGUAGGGAGGCUCGUGAGUUUGCUAAUGAGCUUCGAGCCAGUACUAAAGCUUCAAGAAAUCCAACUGUUUGGUUGGAUGCUUCUGCUGGUGCUGGUCAAGCUGUAAGCAAUGCAGACACUUCUGCAGUAUCUGAUGCUUAUGCCAAAAUGCUAACAAUUUUUGUUCCACUCCUUGUUGAUGAGAGUUCCUUUUUUGCUCACUUCAUGUGCUUUGAAGUUCCUGCUCUCAAUCCACCGGGAAGUGUUCCCAAUGGUAAAAAAGUAGAUGAUGCUGAUGAUGAUGACCUUGGGAUUAUGGAUAUUGAUGACAACGAUAGCAAAUCAGGUAAAAAUUCAGCUGAGCUGGCAGCACUAAAUGAAUGUCUUCCUGAGUUGCUUGACGGAAUCCAGGAAGAUUUCUAUGCUGUUGUGGAUUGGGCCUACAAGAUUGAUCCCUUGCGAUGCAUAUCGAUGCACGGUAUUACAGAACGUUAUCUUUCUGGCCAGAAAGCUGAUGCAGCUGGAUUUGUACGUCUCUUGCUUGGCGAUCUUGAAUCUAGGAUCUCGAUGCAGUUCAGCAGAUUUGUUGAUGAAGCAUGUCAUCAGAUUGAAAGAAAUGAGAGAAACGGCAGACAGAUUGGUGUCCUGUCCUACAUCCCAAGAUUCGCUACACUCGCAACACGUAUGGAGCAGUAUAUUCAGGGACAAUCCAGGGAUUUGGUUGACCAGGCAUAUACAAAAUUUGUUAGCAUUAUGUUUGUGACUUUGGAGAAAAUUGCACAGACAGAUCCUAAAUAUGCAGAUGUUAUCCUUCUGGAAAAUUAUGCUGCAUUCCAGAAUAGCUUGUAUGAUCUGGCCAAUGUUGUGCCAACCCUUGCAAAGUUCUAUCACCAGGCCAGCGAAGCAUAUGAGCAAGCAUGCACACGUCAUAUAAGCAUGAUCAUAUAUUAUCAAUUUGAACGACUUUUUCAAUUUGCUAGAAGGAUUGAAGAUCUCAUGUACACUAUAACCCCAGAAGAAAUUCCGUUCCAGCUUGGUUUGUCAAAAAUGGAUCUCCGAAAAGUAUUGAAAGCUAGCUUAUCUGGGGUCGACAAAUCCAUUCAAGCAAUGUCCAAGAAACUGCAGAAGAAUUUGACUUCUGAGGAAUUAUUACCUUCUUUAUGGGAUAAAUGCAAGAAAGAGUUUUUGGACAAGUACGAGAGCUUCGCACAACUUGUUGCGAAGGUUUAUCCCACAGAAAACAUCCCAUCUGUUGCUGAAAUGAGAGAUCUUUUGGCAUCUUUGUAAGAAUGUCUUUGUAUAGAUUCUUAUCUUCUGUAGUAAAUAGUUCUACGGCGAAAUGCUUUUGCCAUUUUGUAAUUCUUUGUAGAUUUUGGAAUAUUGUUUGCGGGUUUUGACUUUGUGUCUAUUAUUAUAGUCCAUAAACGUACAAGUAAAGGAUUUCGGACAUACAUUGCUAAGAUUCCGGAUUAUGAGCAAAAUGCACACUUGUGUAAAUUAAUUAUUUGAAUUAUUUAUAUUUUAUGUUUUUUAAUCA